UUGACAGAAGCGCUUUGCUGAAGACGAGCUGCCGAGGGGCUGUCAGGGGCUCUGGGGGAUUUUAGGACAGCUGCCGCUCACACCCAACAAAUCAGACUUUGCUGCAGACUCCCGGCUACUAUAAAAAUGCCCUUCCCUCAGGAUGACAUUCUACAUACGCGGACAUGAGUUGUAAUGACAGCUGAGAGAAUAUCAGAGACCACUGACUGAGAUGGAGAUCGCAUCUGAUUUUCAUUGUAAUACAAACAGUCAUUUUGCAUCAUGGCAUCCCUGCUGAAUUAGUCCAUUUUGCCAGCUGGAAUCAGCAAUCUUAUCAACUUUCUGCAGACCCAAAGAGCUUACAGUCCACAUCUGAUGCCACAGCAUGUGAUUGAAGGAUGCUGGAAGGGAUUUGGGAGGGCGCAAAUUUGGGUGUAAGUCCAUAGGCAGCUGGCUGGGUGCCUCUUUUGUUUCACAGCUGUGAUGCCAUGGCACCCUGGUCCAGGAUCACUUGACAUGGCGACCUCAGCCGCUGUUGGCGACAAUGACAUUCCCAUCUGUCCUGCACGAGUCCCUGUCCAGAAGUAUCUUCAGGAAGUUUGUUUUGAUGCUGUGCUCCCUCAUCAUGUCCCUCUAUGUCUUCUACUGCCUGGCUGACCGCUGUCAGAGCAUGCCAGGGCCCAUCAUAGUGGCCCCGGAGGAGGAUGGGGUCUAUGAGGACUCACCGCUGGCACUCUGGCACUCAGUGAAGAGGAAAAAGCUGCUUCAGAAGAUGAGGGACCAUCAGGGCACCUUUCGGCAGGGGCCGCAGUGGAGCCGCCUCUUCCCCAGUAUUGGGGUGCCAUACCCUGCUCAGGAGGGGGACAGUACCCUCACCCCGCUGGGAGAAGGGAGCAAGAAGUUGCCCCAGGCUAUCAUUAUUGGGGUGAAGAAAGGUGGGACCCGAGCUCUGCUGGAGUUUCUCAGAGUGCACCCAGACAUUAGGGCUGUGGGUGCUGAACCCCAUUUCUUUGAUCGGAACUACGACAAGGGACUGAACUGGUACAGGGAAUUGAUGCCGCGGACUCUCGAUGGCCAGAUUACCAUGGAGAAAACUCCCAGUUAUUUUGUGACCAAGGAGGCCCCGGCCCGUAUUUCAGCAAUGUCAAAGGACGCCAAGCUUAUUGUGGUGGUGAGGGACCCAGUGACUCGAGUCAUAUCGGAUUACACCCAGACGUUGUCCAAGAGGCCCGACAUCCCUACUUUCGAGAGCCUGACGUUUAAAAAUAGGACUACGGGUCUUAUCGAUAUUUCAUGGAGUGCCAUCCAGAUUGGCAUCUAUGCCAAGCACUUGGAGAACUGGCUCCAGUAUUUUCCUAUGAGCCAGAUCCUGUUUGUGAGCGGGGAGAGACUGAUCACCGAUCCCGCAGGAGAACUGGGGCGCGUUCAGGAUUUUCUGGUACUCAAGAGAAUAAUAACGGACAAACAUUUUUAUUUUAAUAAGACUAAAGGUUUUCCUUGUUUGAAGAAGGCAGAAGGGAGCAGCAAACCCCACUGUUUGGGAAAAACCAAGGGUAGGAUUCACCCCAACAUUGACCCUGAAGUGGUCCAGAGACUACGGGAAUUCUACAGGCCAUUCAAUAUGAAGUUCUACCAAAUGACUGGGCACGACUUUGGCUGGGAUUCAUAGGCAAAACAGAUAUAAUAUAUUUAACUUCUAUAUUUUUUUUA